CAUGUGGUAACACUGUUGGUGAUCGAUCCGUGAGCAGACGACAGUGUCAGGCCUUGCUGGGCCUUCUGCUCUCCCCACGCCCACGCUGACCAUCAUGUGCGAUCAGGCGUGUUUCCCACAACUGUAUGACCAACUGCAUUAACUUUUCUCCGUGAGGUUAAACAGGAGAGUUAAAAAGAUCCGGUCUGAUGCCAGGCGCUAGGGAGGUGGGUGUCGCUGGCUGCCUUCCUCGCCCCGCUGUCAUCGUCAUGUGAGGAGAGGAAGUUCUCUUUACUAUGGAAGAUUACAAGUUCCUGUUCAAGGUGGUCCUAAUUGGCAAUGCUGGAGUUGGAAAAACAUGUCUUGUACGAAGAUUUACACAAGGACUAUUUCCACCUGGGCAAGGAGCCACCAUUGGGGUGGACUUCAUGAUCAAGACGGUGGAGAUUGAAGGAGAAAAAAUUAAGCUUCAGAUCUGGGACACAGCUGGGCAAGAAAGAUUUCGUUCCAUCACACAGUCUUAUUACCGCUCAGCCCAUGCACUCAUCCUUGUCUAUGAUAUAUCCUCUCAGCCAACCUUUGACUGCCUACCAGACUGGCUAAGGGAGAUUGAACAGUAUGCAAGUUGUAAGGUCCUUCGUGUUCUUGUUGGCAACAAAACAGACCGAGAGGACCGGGAGCUCCCCACACAUGUAGGGGAAGAGUUUGCUCACCGCCACAAUAUGUACUUUAUUGAGACAUCUGCAAAGGAAGCUGACAAUGUUGAAAAACUCUUUAUUGAAAUAGCCAAGGAAUUGACCCAGCUUGUUCGUAGUGGACACUUUGACAAGGACAGCAAAGUAGGAGACCUGUCACCACAAGAUGUGUCGAAUGUCACUCUGCCCCCAGCAAGGGAAACUCGAUCAGAAUUUGCCUGUUGCUCACGGUGGCUGUCCUCCUCCACGUAGCCUAGUCUGGGAUCUCAGAUAUUUGGUGGUGGUGUUGUAAGUCUGAUACUCAGUUAAAGCUUUAACCAAAAAUGUUUGGUAGCUUUCGGUGGUGACCUUAAAGCAUUACUGUUACUGAUAUGACAGAUUUUGUACUAAUUGUUUUUUAAAAUUAAGUUUGCACUCCAGUUUUGGUAUAAUUUACAUAAUAUUUUGUUAUUUUAGAUUAUACUUUUUUGGUGUAUUUUCAUAUGCAUGACUUCGAAAUAAUGCAGUGAAGUUGAUGGGAUGUACAUCUUUCCAGAGAGUGAUAAUAGAUAUUAGGUUGGAUGUUAAAUGAUGGAGGUAUGUGGAUGAAUGGUAUAUGGGGCUUUGGAUAGGCAACUGAGAUAAGGCUUCAUAACUUGACCAAUUUGGUGGAUGUCUUCCUUGUCUCAUCAGAUCAAAAAGCUGCAGCAGCAGCAUGAAUAAAAAUGUCCUCUUUACUCGUGCAACUUUAAAUGUAAUUUCUGCCUUAUUAAGCAGUUGAAAGCCACCAUAAACCCUUUAUUGUGGACCAGUGUUUUCUUACUUAAAUUGUAAUAUUAUAGCAAUGUGAUUAAAGUGUUCAAUGAUUUUUUUUUCUUUUUAAGUUGUUAUCUGUAUUCAUUUUUGAACCACCACCAUUAGUACCACAAUGAUAACCAGAAAGUCAAAUAGGAAUUAAAUGACUUCAGAUUUAAAUUCAACCAGUAUUAAUAUAACAAUGGAAAAAAUGUUUGCUUCCAUACUAUGAAUCCUUGUAUGCAGGAAAUAAUUACAACUGGAAUGGUUAGGCAUUAGAUAUAAAAAUUAAUCAAAUGACAAUCACACAAGAUCAUGUCACUUAUCUUUAUAAUAUGGUUUUAUUAAUUUGGUAGCCAAUAGUACUGCACACAUGCAUUGUUACAUAAAGUCAGAUAUCUAUAAUUGUGUCGGUGAAUUGUGAUAUUGUGUCAGCAUUACAGCGGAAUUUGCUCCUGCCUACAUGAAUGUUGAUUGAACCUGCUUUACCCUAUUCAUUCUGGUAAGCAGUUUGGGACAGCCUCAGAGUUGACUGAUUUUGAAUAGUGUCCCAUUCCUCAUUAGACCAAAAACUGUAUUACCUUAUCAUCACCUCUGAGCUGUGUGCUGUAGCAGGAAAGCUAUCGUAGAUCUUUGAUGUUUUACUCUUAAAAAUUUGGCUGUGAUAUAGUAAUGGAUCGCUACUGAAACAACCAUUAUAUAUUCUUUUUUUUUUUAACACCAUAUGAUUGUGCUUCAGGUAUGUGAUGAAGAUUUAAGUUUAUGCCAUGAAAAUGUUGCAUAGGUUUAUAUUAGGGGAUAAUUUCUGCACUUUUAUUAUUUGUUAUUUAUUAUUAUUAUUAUUAUUAUUAUUAUUAUUAUUAUUAUUAUUAUUAUUAUUAUUAUUAUUAUUAUUAUUGUUACAAAGUACUAAUCUUUUCUUAGCUAUCAACUUUCAUGAAGGGUAUCAGCCUAGUGUAUAGAUAAACAUAGAUAUGUUGGCCUGAAGUUCUUGGUCUAUGGUAUUUCUAAAAUAUAAUUUCAUCUAAAUUACAACAUACACUACAGUUAAGGUUAAUCUUUCAUAUAGGUUCAGACAUGAGUUUUUAAAAGAUAACUUUUAUUAUAUUAUAUAUUUUUUGUUUUUAUGUCUGGUUUCUCUAGUCUAUCAGGGCUAGGACAGUACUUCCUAAUAAAGGAUUUUGAUUAGGUAUUUGGGACCUGUUACUCUGAGUGGAUGCCCUUUCUACUCUCAGACUGUGGUCAGGAUUCAAACCUGUGCACAUGAGGACCCCUUGGCCCCCAAAGUGUGUGUGGUUCCACUGUACCACGGUGGCCCCAAUAUAUAUAUAUAUAUAUAUAUAUAUAUAUAUAUAUAUAUAUAUAUAUAUAUAUAUAUAUAUAUAUAUAUAUAUAUAUAUAUAUAUAUAUAUAUAUAUAUAUAUAUAUAUAUAUAUAUAUAUAUAUAUAUAUAUAUAUAUAUAUAUAUGUAUGUAAUGAUUUUUAAGCCCAUGUUUUGAGGUUGUUCUUUUAGUUUUCAGGUCAAAACAUGUGAAAGCAGUCAAUUGUAUGGAAGUAUAGUGAGGUAUUGGGCAUUGUGGCUUCUGAUCUCUGCAUGAAGGAGCUUAUGGGGAUGACCUUUUAAUGAAUAAGAUCAUUAUAUCAUGAAAAGUAACAAUCUUAUGUGCAAAGUCAUGUGUGAAUCUUAGAGACGGUCUUUCUAAUAUGAGUAGUACUUGUUGCUUUCCUGGAUUUCAUGAUAGCAGGAUACAGUAAAUCCUGAAUUUAAAAGACUUGCAGUGAGAAAGGGGUUACCAUUUGUGCUAAAGGUUGGUUAAGUUCACUGUAACAUAGGAACUUUUUUAUUUUUUAUUGAUUUUAUUUUAAAAAGAAAUUUCAGUAUAUAUUUUUCAUUCAUCUUGAUGGUGAAAGAAACUUCUUGCUCAUACUUCUCAACAAUGGGUGUAUGGAUGAUGGUGCAUGUGUAGAAGGAUUGCUAUUUGUGGGAAGUGCACUAUUCUUAUAUCUUUCUCUUAAGUAUUUUCUUUAUAUCAGUUUUCUCAAAAGGAUUUUGCAUUCUCUCUCCUAUAUAGUUUUUCUUUAGGUUUUUCCUAAUGCUGCCUAAUGUUGUCAUUGCUGCAGUAGUCUUCUUUUUCAAGAUAAAAAGCAUCAAAGGUGUGUUGAAGAUAGAUGCCCACAGUGUAUAAUAAGUCUUGUAAGAGGAGAGGAGAGAGAUUGUCAAGGUUGCUGUUGGGUGGCUUAUCACUAGGUGUAAGGAAGGGAAAUGCAUUAUUAUUUGUCCACUCUGUUAAAUAUUUCAUACUAUGGUCUUUUGAAUUGAGGAUUUACUGCUCUUCAUUAGGAAUCAGAUUCUACUGACACUGAAGGCUAAGCAUAGUGUAUGAGCCAUCUAAUUUAUGAUAUUUCUUUAUCAGUUAAAAAGCAAUACAACUAAAACACUCAUAGUGUUGUUGAAUGAUUGCAGCACUGAAAGCAACUGAUGGAGGUCUAGUGAUUACUGAUAGAGACAAUGAAUUAUUGUUUAUAUUACCAAAGAUAGUUAUGUGAUGCAAAUUGAAUCUGUAAUCUCCAUUUUGUACAUGGAAGAUAUAACUUUCUCAGUAUAAGAGCAGAUUCAGACUUGCCUUCACAAGUUGGAUCUUCCAGAUCAUAUUAGACUUUCAGAUUUCAUUUGAAUGCCAUAUUUCCUGAUACAUUUCAUGAGAAGUUGAUUUGGACUGUAUCAUAUAAAUGUAUGGUAUUUGAUAAAAAUUGUAAUUUUGAAAGUAUUACCUUAUGUUUUAAUAUUUUAUAACUGUAGAAACUUGAGUAAUUUUGUAAAGAAAUAUAAUUGAUAUUUUUUUAUAUUUUGUAAAUGCAGCUCCUGGUUAUUAUGAUUAAUAAUUUUACAACUGACAUUUUUUUUCCAUAAGUUGAACUUGCUAUUUUGUCAGAUAUAUAUAUAUAUAUAUAUAUAUAUAUAUAUAUAUAUAUAUAUAUAUAUAUAUAUAUAUAUAUAUAUAUAUAUAUAUAUAUAUAUAUAUAUAUCAUAGGGACAAACAUAUAUAUUCAUGCUUGCCAUGAUUUUAUGGAAGUGAUUAUUGUAUAUCUUCCUGAAAGUUUUGUGUGACCAUUUCAUUCAUCCAGUCCCUCUAAAUAAUGUUAAAUUUGAGGUGAAAUUACAAAUCAGCCAAGAAACAGUUAAGUGACUAAUACUUUUUUGUAGCUUUAUAUUUUUCUCUCUUUAAUGAUGUGUAGGGUGAAGGUUAAUGAUUAGGGUGUAAUUUAAAAAUGUAAACUUAUUUUAAAACAUUAAAACAAAUAUGUAGUCAUAUGGAAAGUCUUGCCAAAGAUCAUGCUCAAUUUUCUCAGUGCAUUGUUAUUAUUUUCUUUUUUGUACUCUCAGUCUAGUCACAUCUAGUUUUCUUGCAGCUUUAGUAUUGGGAUGACUGCAGUAUUUAUAUAUUUAUAGUGUGGCUUACUGAAGAUGUUUGUUAUACACUUAAUUUCCUCAGUGUUUAACUCCAUACAUUGUCACUAUAGAUAUGCUUGUUUCACAGUUGAUUGAAUAUUGUGUCUCACUUGCUGUGUUGUAAAGUUGCAUAAUUCUUGUUCAAAGCUGCUGCUUCUACUAUUUUUAGCUCAUAAAUAUAAUAUAUUCUCAAGUUUUAUACUGAGACCACCAAAUAUAUAUAUGAUCAAUGACUUACAAAUAGGAUAUCAGAGUGAACUAAUACUUUGUACAUGAACUGCAAGAGACAUAGUGGAUCUUGUAAUGAGGAAGUUGCUGUUCAAGGGGGAAAGAAGAAAAAGAAGAAAAGAUGAUUAAUCAUUACUACUGUUUUUUUUUUUUUUUUUUUUUUUUUUUUUGCCUGCAUUUCUGGCAAUGAAGGUUUUGUAUUUUGACUUGCAGUUCAGACCAUGUCCAAAUAUUGCACUUCAGAAAUCUGCUGCAUAUUCUGUCAAUAUAAAAACAGCAUCAUUAAACUUACUCUGUAGUGAAUGCUGGUGUAUUCAUGUUCACUACUUACAUACUGGCUUAAUAUAUGUACCAUGUGUCUCUUGUAUAGUUCAACAGUUUCAUAAAAGUAUCUUAUAGUACUGCACUAUUGUACUGUCAAAGUGUAAAUGAUAAAAUACUGUGGGGAAAAGGAGGUGCUACAGUUGCUGUGUGUGUGUGUGUGUGUGUGUGUGUGUGUGUGUGUGUGUGUGUGUGUGUGUGUGUGUGUGUGUGUGUGUGUGUGUGUGUGUGUGUGUGUGUGUGUGUGUGUGUGUGUGUGUGUGUCUCAGGUGCCAAUUCUGCUCCUUAUAGAUCUCUGGUCUCACAUUAAUGAUUCUUUCAAGUUGUCAUAAUGUUAAAUGCAUUACUAAGCUAGUGAGACAUUAGUGUGCAACUGAAUGGCAAAUGAGCAAAAGGAGCUCAUAAGGUGGAUGGUGAAUGUUUAGGGUUGUGCUGCUAUCCUUGCCCUUUACCAUCUUGUCCAUUAUGGGAUUAGAUAGUGGAGGGAAACAUGGAGUAAGAGAAAUGAUAAAGGUGCACGCAAAAUUUUGUCAAUUAAUUUUACAUUAAUUUUUAUAGAUGCUCAAGCUGAAAGUUUCUGUAGUUUAUAGGUAUGCACUAGAACUUGAUGUUGGCUGAAACUCUUACAAACUAUCUGGCUGCCUGCAGAACUUUUUGAAAUUAUUUUUGUCUGAAAGCCUUGUCAAGUGAAAGCAAAUACUUGAUGUUUUGUAUACACUGAAUGUUUGUUUUAUCUGAUAAAUAAGAUAAAUAUGAAUUGGGAUAUAUUGUAAGGAGAAAAGCAUAGGAAAACUUGCUGUUUGUAACAGGAAUGUUGUAAACUACCUUUUUAUUGAUUAUGGCCACAUGAUUAUUAUUUUAUGUAUUUGACUGAAAUAAGAACAGUACAGAUAUUUAAUCUAACGUUUCUGUUGACAUUACAUUGGGGAAACAUUAAACUAAGUAGCUGUCUUAAGGCCAGAAAUGAAAAUUAAGAGUUGAUAUAAAUUAAACAUACUGCUGCUUUCCAAAGGUCAUAUUUUUUAAUUUAAUGAAUGCACUUAGAAGGAAGUAUUAAAAAAAAAAAUAUUGGAAAACUUAAAAACAUAUUUAUAAUACCAAAAGAUGAUGCAGUGUGUCUUUCUUUUUUCUAAAUCAGAUACAAUGAGGUUAGAUCAGAAUUUUGUGGAAGCAUUAAUGUGAACACUUAUGAGAAUGAAGGUAUGGUUGUAGAGAGCAAGUUAUACAUUACCUGCUUACUUCAAGUAAGCAAAGAAUUAUACAGCUGCAUUGAUUAGCAAAAAAAAGUAUUCAAAAGAAACUAAAAAAGUAAAAAAAAAAGUUGAACAGUUGCAUUAAGUUCUGUGCAUCUGACAAACCAGCUUGGGAUGAAUAACACAAAGAUUUUUUUUUUUACUGAAAGUAUGUAGGUUUUAGAAUAAUAUGGGCAGUAUUUUGAAAAUUAAACUCAAAUAUAAAGUUGGGACCUCACAUUACAUUUGGCUAUGGACAAGAUACUCAGGUCACUGAAUAAGUUUUUUGGAGAAUGCAAGAAAAAAAAUAAAAAUAAAUAAAAUUAUAAAGAUUACAUGAUAUGGAGACUGAAAGGAUUAAAAAGUGAGAUGUGAUCAUAACAGAGUUGGUAGAUAACAGUGUAACUGUAACUAGAAGAAACCAAGAAAAGGCCAUGGGAAAGGAAUGUAUUGUUUAAUCAUUUCACACUUGGAAGUUGUAAGGAAGCAUUUAUUACAGUGGUCAUUAGUGAGAUUUCCAUCUAAAAUUAUAUAUAUAUAUAUAUAUAUAUAUAUAUAUAUAUAUAUAUAUAUAUAUAUAUAUAUAUAUAUAUAUAUAUAUAUAUAUAUAUAUAUAUAUAUAUAUAUAUAUAUAUAUAUAUAUAUCAUGCAUAGAUGGUGCAUAGGCUUGUAGCUAACCAGUAAAGAUUUUCUGCAAUAAAAACAAUGUUUGUGAAACAUAAGGAUGUUUAAUACUUGAUUAUAUAACUCAUUUUUUUUACUGUAUGCAGCAUUUUGCUUGUUUAGUGAUAAUAUGCUCUUGAGAUUGAGAACAUGUUUAUUAGUUUUUGUUAUUACAGCAAAUAAAUUAAUGUCUGAAAAAUAUGGCAAGUAUGUUAUCUUUUUAUUUUAUUUUUUUUAGAUAAAAAAAAAAGUUAAUUAAACUGUGUCUUAAUAGUGUGCACAACUGGAGAGCAGCAAAUGUGUAUGUGUUCCUAAGAAAGAUGCAUUUCAGGUACUUGCACUGUUUAUUACUCUAAGAUUUUUAAAGGAUAUAAAAUUGUAGCCAUAAAUUUUUCAUGUGAUUGAACUGGAGAUGAUCAAAGAUUAAUUAAGUUGCUAAUAUAAAUCCAAGGAAAUAUGAAAUGGUCAAAAUUACUGGCAUGGGAGUGGCAAAUACAGGUCGCCCAUCACUAACCCAGCAUCAAUGGGACCUUUUGGGUGCUGGAUUAGUGAUUUUGCUGGAUUACAGAGAGGUUAGAAUACACUUAACCCGACAGUUAACCACCUCAUCCUAUGUUUUAAAAUACACUGUAAAUCAGUACAAGUUGAUUAAUAAGAAGGGCUGUACUGAUACCACUUUUUCCGUCAAUACUAAUACUUCACUUCUGGCCAGUACCGAUGGUAACAGCCGAUAUUGUUAGCAAAGAUACUGAGCAAUUUUCUUUCCGUUUCUUUAUGUCACAAACUGUCGAAGAGCCAAUGCUGCAUAAUUCACACAAGCUUCACACAGACACCCUACUGUCGAGUUUUUUUCAUAAGCUCAAUCUUAUCUUUUAUGGAUAAUGUAUAGUGUUUGUACAGAAGCAUUUCCUUUAUUCACUAUAGUCAGGGCUGGAGCUAAAACUGAGCAGGCUUAAUAAUAAAUGAAGAAAAAGAAAUUGUAGUGGCUUCCCUAUAUUUGGAAGUGAUACCAGAUUAUGCAACCAGUAGUGGCAGCAGGUCGGUGUGGCAACCCAGGAAAUUUUAAAUUAUGCUAGCCAAAAUUAGUGCCAGAUUAGUGAUGGUCGACCUGUACACAGAAAGACCCAAUCCAUUUUCAUUUUGUAGAUGACUGAAUUUUUCUUACAUGAUGACAAGAUAUAAUAGUCUUUAAGGUAGAAAUAUGGAUACAGUAACAACAGCAAGCUGGACAUAAGCCACUGUUUUCGUUAUUUGUCAUUACAUUUUAGAAUUGAUGCUGUUGUACACACUAUACCUUAUUUAUAUUUACAUAAUAAAAAGAAGGGUUUGAAAUGUUAUAUUAAGCUUAACUCACUAAAGGUGUACUGUUAUGGAAUGAUAAUAAUUUAUUCUGUGCUCUGGUGGCUGCUAAAAUAACUCAUUUAGUUGGAACUCUUAUUUUAGAUUUAAUUAAAUUUGUUAAUUAAUCGAUUAAUUAAUUUAUUUAUUAUUCACUGUGCAUUUGAGCCAUGCAUCCUGAUUGAUGGACCUGCUAAUUUUCUUGGUCUCUUAGAUAUAACUUAAAGAAUAUAUUAACAUUUGGUUAUAUUUAACUAUUCUUAGAUAAUAUGAGCUAUUGUCUUUUAGCAUCUUGGUGUUACCUUGUAGCUUUACCUUUUACAGGAGCAUUUUUUUUUCUCCAUAUUUUCCUCACCAAAUAAAAAUUGUGUUAUGAGUAAGUUGAUCACAACAAUUUAUAUUGGUGUUCAGUACCACCCAUAUUACUUUUAUCUUAGAUUUGAUUUGAUUUUUUUUUUGAGAGGAUUAUUACAGAAUGUAAUAAAUUUUAUAAGUAGAAUGAUGCAAAGCUCCAAGGGUCUGACAGGUGACAUUAUGAAACUUUUAUUGGAGAGAAUUAUUACAGAAUAUAAUAAAUUUUAUAAGUUGAAUGAUGCAAAGCUCCAAGAGUCUGUGACAUGUGACAUUAUGACACUUGUAUUGGAGUUGAUCAUGGAAAAAAAAAAAAAAAAGUUUUUUGUGUUGGAGAUUAUUAUCUUCCAGUGUUCAUGAUUUAUUUAGCUAUUUAUUGAUAUUUUAUUAUUAUUAUUUGUUUGUUAUUCCUUCUUUCUAAAGGUGGCAAUAUCAUAAUUAUUAAUGAGCACAAAAUGUAGAGGUCUCAUCUUUUUGGGAAGCAAAUACAGCACUAUGGAGCAUGAAGGUAGAUGCUUUAGUGACAGACUGUUGUUUUGAUGACCUGAGGGUUGAAGAGUCAUUUCAACUAAUGGAAGGGAUCUCUUCCAUGUAAUGUGAAUGACCUUGGAGUUGAACUGUAUGAAAAAAAAAAAAAAAAAAAAAAAAAAAAUUGUAGAAAAUGGUUCAUAAUGAAAUUCGUUAUGAUAGAAUACAUUUCUUAACAUUUAAGCCUAUUAUUAUGUUUCUUACUUCAAAACCUCCAGAAACUGAGGCACCCAAUCCCUGUACAUUAUAUUUUUUCCCCUAUACCUUAAACAUGAAAUUUUGUAUCAGCAGUUUACAUCAACAUUUUUAAUAGAUUUUUAAUAGAUUUUGCCAAACACUGGGCAAGUGAAGAUUGAUUUGGAUUGGUCACAUCUUGUUCUUUGUAUGUAAUACAAGGAUCAGAAUAAAGUCUGCUCUGA